CUCUCAGUCAGUCAGUCCUGGUUUGGACCGGGGCCGGUGUGGUGUGGAGGUCUGUCUCCUUUGUCGGUGCCACCCAGCUCACCGGCGACACGUCGCAUGGAACCGAAUAGAGCUCUUUUCUCUCCAUAACUUCUUCUUUUUACCUUCAUUCUCCUUUAUUCAUACUGCACAGGUUUAUUCUCAAGCUUUAUUCAGACCGGACCUGGACCAGCGACCCCUCACUUUGUUGGAGAUGUUAAUAAGCUUUUGAGGACCCAUAGACUGUUUUUAAGCGUCUGGGAGGUGGACACUUAUUUUCCAGUAAACCUUUAUUUAGAUCCGUGGGCGUUUGUUCCCUCAGCUCUGUUGGCUCCAACUACCUGAUAAUCAACCUGAGACUAGUUUAUUCGCAGUUCACUGUCUGCUGCCUCUGUGGAGACAUGUGGCGCAGAUUCUCACUGCUCAUUUUGUGCUGUGCGGUAAGUGGACUUAAUGCUCUGGAGGCGGACAGCAGCGCGGACCCUUUGCGGGAGAAGAUGCUGUUGGCCGGAGCAGCAGAGCUGGGUAACCCGGACCAUGAUGCUCCCUCCGCGGCCAGAGCCGAGGAGAGUGUGCGAGGAGGGGAGCAGCUGUCUCCGGGGACAGACGCUCCUGUUGUAGGUGCGGAGGGAGUCCAGCAGCCCACCAGCGAGCCUCUGGAGGAGGAGCUGGACAACCAAGAGAAUGUCAUCAGCCAGUUGCUGGGUGACUACGACAAAGUGAAGACUGUGUCUUCAGGGUCCGACUGUGUGUGUCGCUGCAUUGUUCGACCAAUCAAACGUUCUGACUGCAGCCGCAUCCAAGAUGGCAACCUGGCAUCAUCGUCCCAAGAUUUUUACACUGUGGAGACGGUUACCAAGGGAACCGACUGCAAGAAGUGUGUGUGCAUGGCUCCAGCUUCAGCUGUGAACCCCUGUGAGGGAGACUACAGGUUUAAAAAACUACAGGAGGCCAGCAAAGAUGACAUUAAGCUUGCCACUAUCAUUGACCUCUUGGAAGGCUCUCUGUAUGGAAUGGACUUGUUAAAGCUCCACUCUGUCACCACCAAGCUGCUGACCAGGGUGGACAACAUGGAGAAGGCCUUUGCUCGUAAUAUCACUGAGAGAGUGAGAGAGAAAGAACGUGUGAAGGAAAGAGCAAAAGAAAAGGAGAAAGAGAAGAAGACCCAGCAGAAAAAAAAGAAAACGAAUGAUUUGGAGCGUGCUGGACCAAAAAGUGGAGCAGCUGCCUACGCCAACAAGCAGAAGAAUUAUGAAGGUCAGCUGAAGAAGAACCAGCAGCAAGAUGGUCUAGAACAGCAACAGCCAAUCAGGAAUAAGACAGGAACUCAAAAGCCAAUCAAAGACAAGAUAGAGCCAAAGCAGCCAAUCAAAGACAAGAACAGCAUGGUCAUCAGGGGCGUGACCUUUUACAAGGCAGAGGAGGAGAGCUACAAAGAGGAGGAGGAGGAUAACUGGAAAAGAAAGAGUACUACCGGUACUCUAACUACAAAGGCUUCAGAGGACGUACUGAUCUCUGACCAGCUCCCACAUACCAGGACUUUCCCCACUAAGAGUGCAGGACCUUCACUGAGCUGGCCAGCACCCACUCAGCAACCAACAGCUCCCCCGAUUACCACCCGACAAAUCACAACUACAGCCAAACCAGUUCCCACCACCAUCAAACCAACGGCUGAAUUAACCACUAACCUACCAGCAAAAACAACCAAACUGACAACUACCACCCAACAAACUACUACUACUACUACUACUACUACUUCUAUUCAGCCUACCAUCAUCAAUCAACAUACCACCUCACCCUUAGAUACCAAUAUAGGUCCACCCAGUGAUGCAGCUCCCAUGGCAGACUCUCGGCCAGGACCCAAAAGUCGACUCAGCUGGACGGAGAGCCCCGCUGACCAACUAAAGACCACAAAACAGCCUGCAGUGUGUAAGGACACAGUAGCCAGCCUCUCUGAACCAGUCCAGCAGAACUCUUACGGCCUAAGUGACGGAGCCUGGAUGAGAGAUGCUCGCGGCCAUGGCAACGUCAUCUACCUUACUAAUGGUCACUAUGGCAGCAACCUCCUAGAGUUCCGAGACAUGGACACCUUCAAAUCAGGUCAGGCAAGUAAUUCAUACAAGCUGCCCUACAGUUUCACUGGAACAAGCCACGUUGUGUUUAAUGGAGCUUUCUACUACAACCGCGCCUUCAGCAGGGACGUGAUCAGAUAUGACCUGAGACACAGAUACGUAGCUGCCUGGACCACACUCCAUGAUGCUUUACUGGAGGAGCAAGUUCACAGGACACAAACUGAAGUGGAGUUUGCUGUUGAUGAGUCUGGCCUGUGGCUGCUCUACCCUGCUCUGGACACAGAGGGCUUUCAUCAGGAAGUAAUCCUGCUCAUCCACCUCCGCUCCCGAGACCUGCAGCCAAUACGGACCUUCCGCACGGGUCUCCGGCGUGGUCGCUACGGAAACAGCUUCCUGGUUUGCGGCGUACUUUAUGCAGUGGACAGUGUGGAGCGUCACUACGCUAACGUGACAUACGCCUUUGACACUCACACACUCACACACACUGUGCCGAGCCUGGCGUUCACGAACAUGCACGCACACACCUCCCAGGUGGCUUACUGCCCACUAGACAAGAAACUGUACGCGUGGGACGAUGGACAUCAGAUGAUGUAUGAUGUCGUCUUUGCUUACUAGCACAAUGAAUGAAUGCACAGAUGGAAGAAUUGAUGGUUAGACUGACGGCCAGCAAGUUAGCAUAUCCAGCAUGAGGUCAGAAGAAAUAAGAUAAUAACUGAAAAGAUUUUGUUUCUAAAUGACUGUGGAUCAGUCUAACUGAAUGUGUUUUUAUAUUGACCUCAGCCUCUCACACCAAAGUGUUAACCAGCAAGAGCAGCACUUUACUCACUAGAGUAAUAUUUGGAAAAGGACAAAACCCCAGGGGUCGUAUGAAUGAUUGUAAAUAUAUGUAUCGUACUCUGUUUCUCUAAUUGGAAAUGUUCCUAUGUAUACCUGUCCCUCUGCAUGUUCACACUGGUGGAGAAAUCACUGUGAAACUGAGCAUGCAUGAGUGCACACUUCCAUAUUUAACCAUACACAGAUGGUUCUAACAAUGCCAGUAAUUACCCUGUUAAUCCCAUUCUUCAAGAAAAUUUGCUUCCAGCGUUAAAGUUUGUGGACACAUUUUCUCACCUCAGCUUUAUUUUGUGUGUGGAGGGUUCUCCUUGUGUAUAUUUCACAUAAAACAACAGUGCUCAUCAAAACGUUCUGCCUCUAAUCACAGAUUAGGCUUUGGUUUCUGUUAUGAUAAAAGUAUUUGGUAUAUUUACUUUACUACUUUAGGGUUAUUGUGAGAUUCUGGAGAAGGUUUGUAAAGUCGGACUUUCAUAAUAUCAGGGUUAUUGUCUUGGCUUUGGCAUUAAGACUACAAAUUUAAGCCUGUGUUAAUUGUUUUUUUACCUUUCAAUUGAGAUUUUUUAAAAAUCAUUUCAACUCACAGGUCCACAGACGUUCUUGUUUAUAACUUCCAUGCUGAAAUGGAGGUGUGAAUGUAGAGAGAUCUGUUUUUUGUGAAUUCCCUUAACUUUAUGAAAGUGCAGCAGUGCAGUGUGAAGUUUCCCUUUAAGACCCCUGAACAACUUUGCUGUACCCUAUAAGCCCAGAUAAGUGAAUUUACUUAUCAGUUGAAAACUUCAGUCAAUUGUUAUUUUAAGUUGAAUACACUAAAAUCCAAAUUAUUUGUACUUAAAGUCUGCAGUAACAACAAUUAUGCAACAAUUAUCCUAUUCAACUCAGCCUUUAAAGUUAACUUAAGUUGAGAAAACUCAAUGCGUGUGUUGUUCACUAAAAAAACACAAUGCAGUAGAUGUACUAAAUUGUUUUUAUUUAAAAUGACAUGUUGUAGUGUUAAUUCAUUAAUCUUGUAUUCAAAACAUCGAAUUACAUGUGCCUGUGAAGACUUAUGCCACUAAAAAUCAGCAGCUUUCCAUAACUUCUGGUCAAUAAGCUACUGUUAUGAUGCCAGUCAGAAAUAUAAUAAAACCUAAACCAGAGUUGUGUCUAAUAUGCAGGGUUUAAUUCCAGAGAAUAGAAGCUGGUUCUGAUAAUGACUGAAGAUACAGACUUUAUACUUAAAGUGUUGCAUCUAACAUCAGUUUAAUGAUAUUAUGUUCAGUGUGGAAUGAAGCAGCAGCCUAUUUUCAUACAUGGUCAAGGUCUAUACUGUAUGUUUUUUUUACUGUAUGUCUGCUUUGCGUGUUGCAUAUUUAUCCUCACUCCUGUCCAAUAACAUUCACAUUAUAAGCUGUUAGUACAGGUGGGAAUCAACUGUUCAUCUGCCAUUGAAGUUCAUUUAAAACCAUUUUCACACUAGCACAUGCAUCACCCUGCUUUGCUUGUUGAAAAAAAAGACAAGGUUGAUCUCGACUGCUUUACUAUAAGUUUGCCUUUUUGUUCUUUUUAAUUUAUAAUAAAAUAUUUAACAUAACAAA